UUUGCUCAAAACCAAAUCAAUGGAGCUUCACUACUAUCAUCAAUGGCCAUACCAAACCCUAACAAUGUCAUCAUCUUACUUUCCCUACAAUGCUCCCAAACUCCACCACCACCGUAGUCACCGCCGUCUUCUUCUUCUUCCUAACCCUCUGCGAUUUCCUUCCACCGGCGUUGGUGUUACUGGAAAUGGACAGCAAAACUACCAUCGGAACACUCUCGCGUGGUGUUCCGGGUUGAGCCGGAAUGACCUUUUUAUUCCAAACGCAGGAGCCAAAGGCGCUGCCUUGGUGGUCGACGACCCCAAAUUGGGCCGUUUUCAGGUCUCGCGGGGUUACCCGGCGCCGCUUGGUGCUACGCUUCGUGAUGGUGGCGUCAAUUUUGCUGUGUACUCCGGAAAUUCGGUUUCCGCCACUCUUUGUUUGAUCAGUCUUUCCGAUUUGGAGGAGAAUAGAGUGAGUGAAGAGAUACCACUCGAUCCUAUAGGUAACCAGACUGGAAGUGUUUGGCAUGUUUUUCUCAAAGGGGAUUUCAAAGAUAUGCUUUAUGGUUAUAAAUUUGAUGGUGAAUUUUCUCCGGAAGAAGGGCACUACUUUGAUCCUUCUCGUAUUGUACUGGACCCCUAUGCAAAGGCAGUCAUUCGUAGAGGAGAGUUUGGAGCUUUGGGAUCAGAUGGAAAUUGUUGGCCCCAAAUGGCAUGCAUGAUACCUUGUAUUGAUGACAAGUUUGACUGGGAAGGAGAUUUACCUCUUAAAUACCCACAGAAAGAUCUUAUUAUUUAUGAAAUGCACGUGAGAGGGUUUACAAGGCAUGAAUCUAGCGGAAUCGAAUUCCCGGGGACUUAUAUUGGUGCUGUGGAGAAGCUUGAUCACUUAAAGGAACUUGGGGUCAACUGUAUAGAGUUAAUGCCAUGCCACGAGUUUAAUGAGCUUGAGUACUACAGCUACAAUUCUGUUCAGGGUGAUUACAAGGUAAACUUUUGGGGAUAUUCUACUGUCAAUUACUUUUCACCAAUGAUACGAUAUUCAUCCAUUGGCACACGUAAUUGCGGACGUGAUGCAGUAAAUGAAUUCAAGUUUUUUAUCAAAGAAGCACAUAAGCGAGGAAUUGAGGUGAUCAUGGAUGUUGUAUUUAAUCACACAGCUGAAGGCAAUGAAAAUGGCCCCAUUUUAUCUUUUAGAGGUGCUGAUAAUAGUGCUUACUACAUGAUUGCACCUAAGGGAGAGUUUUACAAUUACUCAGGAUGUGGUAACACCUUCAAUUGCAACCAUCCUGUUGUGCGCCAAUUUAUUGUAGACUGCUUAAGAUAUUGGGUAACAGAAAUGCAUGUUGAUGGCUUUCGCUUUGAUCUUGCUUCCAUCAUGACAAGGGGUAGCAGUCUUUGGAAUGCAGUCAGCGUAUAUGGUUGUCCGAUUGAGGGUGAUUUUCUCACAACUGGCACCCCUCUUGGCAGCCCUCCAUUGAUUGAUAUGAUAAGCAACGAUCCAAUACUCCGUGGAGUGAAGCUUAUAGCUGAAGCAUGGGAUACAGGAGGUUUGUACCAAGUUGGCACCUUUCCUCACUGGGGUAUUUGGUCAGAAUGGAAUGGAAAGUAUCGGGACACAGUGCGGCAGUUUAUAAAGGGGACAGAUGGUUUUUCAGGGGCUUUGGCUGAUUGCCUUUGUGGAAGUCCUAAUCUAUACCAGGAAGGAGGAAGGAAACCGUGGAAUAGUAUCAAUUUUAUCUGUGCACAUGAUGGUUUUACUUUGGCGGAUCUGGUUAUGUAUAACAACAAACAUAACUUGGCAAAUGGAGAAAACAACAAUGAUGGAGAGAGUCAUAAUAAUAGCUGGAACUGUGGACAGGAAGGAGAAUUUGUAAGCAUUUCUGUGAAGAAGUUAAGGAAGCGACAGAUGCGGAAUUUUUUCCUCUGCCUCAUGGUUUCCCAAGGUGUUCCAAUGAUAUAUAUGGGUGAUGAAUAUGGUCACACAAAAGGAGGAAACAACAAUACAUAUUGCCAUGAUAAUUAUGUGAUUCUCUAAACUCUUCUGAUUCUCUAUACACUUGAUCAAUCCCAUUUGUUAAUGCUGAUUUUGACUACACUGCAGCUCAAUUACUUCCGGUGGGAUAAGAAGGAAGACACCUCAUCAGACUUCUUCAGAUUCUGUUGCCUUGUGACCAAAUUCCGCCAGGAAUGCGAGUCACUCGGCUUAAAUGACUUUCCAACAGCAGAGAGGCUGCAGUGGCAUGGCCACGCUCCUGGAAUGCCGAACUGGUCUGAGAGUAGUCGUUUUGUGGCCUUCACUCUGAAAGACUCAGUGAAAGGAGAAAUCUACAUUGCCUUCAAUUCCAGCCAUCGACCAGUAACCAUCACACUGCCAGAGCGGCCUGGAUACAGAUGGGAGCCGUUGGUCGACACUGGCAAGCCUGCACCCUAUGACGUCCUCUCUGCCGAUCUCCCAGGAAGAGAUGUCGCACUGAGACAGUAUGCGCACUUCCUCGACUCGAACAUGUACCCUAUGCUAAAUUAUUCUUCCAUUGUUCUAUUACUCUCGCCAGAUGAAAUUGAAGUUGUUUGAAUCACAAACUCCAGGUUAUAUUAAAAUUAAAAUGUAAGUAACUACAGAGUUUGAACAUCAAGCAAGGUAAUGUUUGUCUGAUUUUCACCGCAUUAGCUAAUCUAGCUGGUUGUUGUUGUUGUGGUGGUAGUGGUGAUGGUGGUGGUUUGGGGGCGAAAGUCAAUGCCUUGAACAACCAGACCUGAUUUCCAGUUGAGUACUCUGGUCUCCUCCAGACAAGUCUCGACAGAGCCACCAUUGUCCACUUCCUCGCCAUUGAAGAACUCUCCCACUUUCAGCUCGAACCACCAGUCCUCUAAUUGCUUCAGCCGCCCUCCUCCACCAUUGUGCACCAAGUUUAUUUCAAGCUCUGGCUUCUCCUCCACCAUCGUUCCGUCUGGUCCAAGGAAUCUCAUUGACACCCGCACCAGUUCCAGUCACUGCCACUCACAGGCGAUGCUGUACACCAAGAAAGCUGCGUAGUUGGUGCUAGGUGAGAGCACCUUCUUCUCCAUUUUCCCACAUAUGUCUAGCCAACACACGUGAGGCUAGACAUCAGCAUGUACACAUAUACAUAUAUAUAUUUAUAUAUAUAUAGAGAGAGAGAGAGAGAGAGAGAGAGAGGUGUUACUACAUGAGACACAUGCAUCCUUCUGGUAAGGUAGUUAAGGUUGUCAAACGAAGACGUACUUCUGAGUGUCCAACUGAUUGUCGUUUUGUAACUUCACGACCUUUCUCUUCUAGUCGUUUUUCAUUAUCCAUAAUAGUAGAGAGAAAGAGUACUUUCUGAGAAAAUAAGACUCCAAACUCCAAAGCCCAGCCUAUGUUAUGUUAUAUGGUAUCAAAGGAAAAAUGAAGAGAUAUGGUGAAUGAAAGCAAAUGAAAUGAGAUCAUUUAUAUGGUUCUUGUCGGUCUCACAAAAAAUAAUAAAUAAGUAGUCGGUUUGUCUCCUAUAUCCUCUGUCAUCAAACCAGAAUGACGAAUAAUAAGAUUAAGAUUAUAUUAAUAUU